AUGGAGGACGAGCGGACUUGCGCCGCCGACGCGGAGGAAGGGGAGGCGCCCAUUGAUGCGGGCACAGUGGCUUUGGGCAGCGGGGCUGGGGGUUCGCGGAAGCGGAACUGUUGCUGUUGCUCCUCCUCCUCCUCCUCCUGGCAGGUGCAAGCGGUGCUGAGGGACGCCCAUGUGCAAGCGGUGCUGAGGGAUGCCCAUGUGCAAGCGGUCCUGAAGGACGCCCAUGUGGACCUCGCAGCUGCAAGGCAGAGAAGGAAGGGCGUGGUGGUGGCUGUGGAUGGCGCGGUGGAGAAACUAAGAGAAACACUUAGAGCCAUGCCGGAUGGCGAGCAGGUGACAGCGGACUUGGCUCUGCCAUACGUGGAGGCGCUGGUGGGGGCGGAGGGCGUGAGGAGCCUCGCCUUCACCUUCCACCGCCCCUCGCACAUGCAUGUUGUCGGCAGCUUCGCCCACUCCGCCUCUCAUGCCGCCUCCCACCCUGCAUCGCACACGCAUGUGGGCGCUGAUGGUGGUGAUGAGGUUGGGGUGCGUGUGCUGCAAGUACGUGCUGAACCGCCACGCUACUACUCUGCUCGUCAUGUCACAUGCAUGCAUGCAUGCACUGUGCUGCGUCCGCUCACGCACUCCUCGAUCAUCAUCACCCUAACCCCCCUUGUGCAGGUGUGCUUCCGGGAAAAGGACAUGUUGAACCACCGCUACUUCGCUUGCCGGGCGCUGUACUUCGCCACGCUAGCACGCCACCUGGCGGCGUGCGAUUGGGUGGCGGCGGUGGAGUGGAGCACUCUGAGGAAUGACAUGUGCAAGCCCCUCCUCCUUGUCAUCCCCCGUGAGCUGAUUGCCAUGUCUUGCCGUGCAGUGCCAUGCCAUGCCAUGCCAUGGCACGGGCAGCACAGGCACAGGCAGCAACAGGCAGCAACGGGCAGCACAGGCACGGGCAGCAACAGGCAGCAACGGGCAGCACAGGCACAGGCAGCAACGGGUGGCAACAGGCAGCAUAGGCACGGGCAGCAACAGGCAGCACAGGCACGGGCAGCAACGGGCAGCAACAGGCAGCACAGGCACGGGCAGCAACGGGCGGCAGCGGGCAGCACAGGCACGGGCAGCAACGGGCGGCAACGGGCAGCACAGGCACGGGCAGCAACGGGCGGCAACGGGCUGCACAGGCUCGGGCAGCAACAGGCGGCAACGGGCAGCACAGGCACGGGCAGCAACGGGCGGCAACGGGCAGCACAGGCACAGGCAGCAACAGGCAGCAACGGGCAGCACAGGCACGGGCAGCAACAGGCAGCAACGGGCAGCACAGGCACAGGCAGCAACGGGCGGCAACAGGCAGCACAGGCACGGGCAGCAACAGGCAGCACAGGCACGGGCAGCAACGGGCGGCAACAGGCAGCACAGGCACGGGCAGCAACGGGCGGCAACGGGCAGCACAGGCACGGGCAGCAACGGGCGGCAACGGGCAGCACAGGCACAGGCAGCAACGGGCAGCAAUGGGCAGCACAGGCACAGGCAGCAACAGGCAGCAACGGGCAGCACAGGCACGGGCAGCAACAGGCAGCACAGGCACGGGCAGCAACGGGCGGCAACAGGCAGCACAGGCACGGGCAGCAACGGGCGGCAACGGGCAGCACAGGCAGGCAGCCGUACCGAGUCCAGGAGCGGCGGCGCAUACAGCUGUAA